CCCUUAUUUUUUUUAUUUUUUAUUUUACCCAAACCGUGUCCAAACUUCAAAUUCAAUCAAAACCAAAUCUCUCCCUCUCUCACACACAAACACACAUACAAACACACACACUCUCUCUCUCUCUUAUAAAACCCAGCAGCCCUUUUCUCCCAUUUCCAAUUCUAACAUCCCCAAAUCAUGCCUAAACCAUCUUUCCGUUCCUUUCUCUUCCUUUCCCUCUGCAUUUCCUUCUUCAUAUUUUCCUCCGUUUCAACUAUCACCACUGCUGCUGCCACCACUCUCUCUCAACAAUUCCGAGAAGCCCCACAAUUCUACAAUUCCCAAGACUGCCCCUCCAUCACCGACGACGACAACGAAGAUAAUGACGACAACGAAGACAACAACUUCUUGUGUUCGGAAAAUGCCAUCCACGUGGCAAUGACCCUCGACGCCACCUACAUCCGGGGCUCGAUGGCGGCUAUCCUCUCCGUCCUCCAACACUCCUCCUGCCCACAGAACAUAAUCUUCCACUUUGUCACCUCCGCUUCAGCCUCCGCCAACGCGUCCCUCCUACGCGCCACCAUCUCCGCCUCCUUUCCUUACCUCAACUUCAGAGUUUACCGGUUUGACGACGCGGCGGUGGCCCGCCUCAUCUCCACCUCCAUCCGGUCCGCACUCGACUGCCCUCUCAACUACGCUCGCAGCUACUUGGCCAAUUUGAUCCCAUUAUGCGUCCGCAAGGUGGUGUAUCUCGACUCCGACCUCGUCCUCGUCGACGACAUCGCCAAGCUCGCCGCCACGCCGCUCGGCGGCGACUCAGUCCUCGCCGCCCCCGAAUACUGCAAUGCCAACUUCACCUUCUACUUCACACCAACCUUCUGGUCAAACCCUUCCCUGUCGUUGACUUUCUCCGAUCGGAAGGCUUGUUACUUCAACACCGGCGUGAUGGUGAUUGAUCUUGACCGGUGGCGAGCCGGGGACUACACCACCAAGAUAGAAGAAUGGAUGGAGCUUCAGAAGAGGAUGAGGAUAUACGAGCUGGGGUCUUUGCCGCCAUUUCUGCUCGUUUUUGCCGGGAAAAUAGCUCCGGUGAAUCACAGGUGGAACCAGCAUGGGCUCGGCGGGGACAAUUUUCGCGGGCUUUGCCGGGAUUUGCAUCCGGGUCCGGUGAGUCUUCUGCAUUGGAGUGGGAAAGGGAAGCCGUGGGUUCGGCUGGACGCGAGCCGGCCGUGCCCGUUGGACGCGCUUUGGGCUCCUUACGAUCUCCUAAAGCCUCCAUUUUCAUUUGAUUCUUGAAGAUGAAGAUAUCAUCAAAAUUGUGUUAUGGACUCGCUAUGUAUGAUCUUGACCGAGCUCAUCCACACAUGUUAUUUAGUAGCUAGAGAGGACAAUCCAAGAAGAACCUGAGAAAGUUUACACGAAGAUUAAUGUUGCGUUUGAAAGCACUGAAAUUAAACUCAAUUUCUUCGGAGUGAAAUUUCAAAGCACGUAUCGGCACUUCGAAACACAGCAGAAGUGUAUAGACUCUGUAUAUGAUGGUGGUGUUGGUGGUGGUGAUGAGGCGGCGCGUAGAUGAGUGAUCUGGCAACACAGUGAUAUCAUCGUGUCCGUGCCUUGUUCAUCAAAUUAUAGAGUAACGUUGAAGAAGAUGAAUAAGGAGAGGAUUUUUACUUUGUAAAUUUUAUUUUGAACCUCUCCAACAUAGGAAUUAUGUGGAUUAAUAAUUGUUAAAUUUGUUGUAUUAAUAAAGGAGUGAUCAAUCCAAAACAAAAUGGGUUUCUUUUA